AUGAGCCAGUAACCUGCUGGCCCCGAGGCCCGCUUGCCCUCGCCCGACGCGGCCGCUGGCGGGCAGCCCUCCGGCCUUCUGCCCUCCGGCCGUCCCUCCGGCUGUCCCUCCGGCCGUCCCUCCCUUCCCCGGCGCCUCCACCCCCGGCUCCGUCCGUCCGGGGUCCCGGGGAGGCUGGUCCAGGACCGCAAUGCUCAACCCCUGGCCACACCCAUAGCAUGUCGGGGGUGUCAGAGCCUUUGAGUCGCGCCCGGGCGGGCAGCCUGCGGCCACCCGAGGCCCCCCCGGAGCUCAUGGUUCCAGUGCCCGCAGAUGUGGAGCAGAAGGAAGUGCGCAUCCUCAAGGUCUGUUUCUACAGCAACAGCUUCAACCCUGGGAAGAACUUCAAGCUGGUCAAGUGCACCGUGCACACUCAGGUCCGGGAGAUCAUCGCCUCCAUCCUGCUGAGCGGGCGCAUCGGGCCUGAUGUGCAGCUGCUGCAGUGCUAUGGGCUACGGCUGAAGCACGUGAAGUCGGAUGAGAUUCACUGGCUGCACCCGCUGAUGACAGUGGGCGAAGUUCAGGAACAGUACCAGUGUCUACACCUGGAGGCCGAGUGGAGGUAUGAUCUGCAGAUCCGCUACCUGCCCGAGGGCUUCCUGGAGCAGCUCAAGGAGGACAGAACCACCCUGCUCUACUUCUAUCAGCAGCUCCGGAACGACUACAUGCAGCGCUAUGCCAGCAAGGUCAGCGAGGGCAUGGCUUUGCAGCUCGGCUGUCUGGAACUCAGGAGGUUCUACAAGGACAUGCCUCACAACGCGCUUGAUAAGAAGUCCAACUUUGAACUCCUGGAGAAGGAGGUGGGUCUGGAAUUGUUCUUCCCGAAGCAGAUGCAGGACAACCUGAAGCCCAAGCAGUUUCGGAAGAUGAUCCAGCAGACGUUCCAGCAGUACGCCUCUCUGAGGGAGGAAGAGUGCGUCAUGAAGUUCUUCAACACCCUCGCUGGCUUCGCCAGUAUCGACCAGGAGACCUACCGCUGCGAGCUCAUACAAGGGUGGAACAUCACUGUGGACCUUGUCAUUGGGCCUAAGGGCAUUCGUCAGAUGACCAGCCAGGACAACAAGUCCACGUGCCUGGCUGAGUUCCACCAGAUCAAAUCCAUCCGGUGCACUCCCAAAGUGGAGGGAACGGCACUGUUGCAGCUGAGCAUCGUGGGAACACCCCAGUCCCUGUCCAUCAAAACCAGCUCCUUGGCCGAGGCUGAGAAUAUGGCUGACCUGAUUGAUGGCUACUGCCGCCUGCAGUGCCAGAUCGAAGGCACCCUCAUCAUCCGCCCACAGAAAAAUGGCGAGAAGCGCUCCAGCCUGCCCCAGAUCCCUACUCUGGACCGACGGUCCCAGCUGUCUGAGAGCUGCAGCAUCGAGUCGGAUAUUUAUGCAGAAAUCCCAGACGAGGCGCUGAAGCGCCUAUCAGGUGUUCAGUACAACGUGGGCCGAGAGGACGUGGUCCUGGGCCGGAUUCUGGGAGAAGGAUUCUUCGGGGAGGUGUAUGAGGGCGUCUACCGGAAUUCCAAAGGGGAGCAUAUCCACGUGGCCGUGAAGACCUGCAAAGAGGACUGUGCCCCAGACAACAAGGAGAAGUUUAUGAGAGAGGCGGUGCUGAUGAAGAACCUGGAUCACCCUCACAUUGUGAAGCUCAUCGGACUCAUCGAGGAAGAACCCACAUGGAUCAUCAUGGAGCUGUACCCCUUUGGAGAGCUGGGACACUACCUGGAGCAGAACAAGAGUUCCUUGAAGGUGCCAACCCUCAUCUUGUACUCGCUGCAGAUUUGUAAGGCCAUGGCCUACCUGGAGGGCCUCAACUGUGUUCACAGGGACAUUGCUGUCCGGAACGUGCUGGUGGCAGCCAUGGACUGUGUGAAGCUCGGGGAUUUUGGCCUCUCGCGUUACAUCGAGGAUGAGGACUACUACAAGGCCUCAGUCACCCGCCUGCCCAUCAAGUGGAUGUCCCCCGAGUCCAUCAACUUCCGCCGCUUCACUACGGCGAGUGACGUCUGGAUGUUUGCUGUGUGCAUGUGGGAGAUUCUGAGCUUCGGGAAGCAGCCCUUCUUCUGGUUAGAGAACAAGGAUGUGAUCGGGGUCCUGGAGAAGGGGGACCGGCUGCCCAAGCCCGAUGGUUGCCCCCCCAUCCUCUAUACCCUCAUGACCCGCUGCUGGGACUAUGGGCCCAGAGACCGCCCGCGCUUCACGGAGCUUGUGUGCAGCCUCAGUGACAUUUAUAAGUUAGAAAAGGACAUCGCAAAGGAACAGGAGCGGAACCGUUACCGACCCCCAAAAAUCAUGGAACCCUCACUUUACCAGGAGCCACCCCCCAAGCCCAGCAGGCCCAAGUGCAAGCCGCCAUUGCCCCAGGCCAAUCUACUGACUCCUAAACUGCAGUUCCAGGUGCCGGAGGGCCUGUGUGCCAGCUCGCCCACGCUCACCAGCCCCAUGGAGUACCCGCUGCCGGCCGACUCCCUGCACACCCCGCCCCUGCAGCGCCACGCUGUCUUCAAGCGCCACAGCAUGAGGGAGGAGGACUUCAUCCAGCCGGGUAGCCGGGAGGAGGCCCAGCAGUUGUGGGAGGCAGAAAGGACCAAGAUGCGUCAACUCCUGGAGUGUCAGCAGAAGCAGAUGGUGGAGGACAACCGCUGGCUGAGGCAGGAGGAGAAGAGCCUGGAUCCCACUGUGUACGCGAAUGAUCAGUCCCCCGUGACCCCUGAGAAGGAGAGCGGCUAUAUGGAGUUCACCGGGCCUCCCCAGAAACCCCCGCGAAUGGGAGCCCAGUCGAUCCAUCCAACAGCCAAUCUGGAUCGGACUGAUGACAUGGUGUAUGUCAACGUCAUGGAGCUGGUCAAGGCCGUCCUGCAGCUCAAGAACCAGCUGGGCCAGUUGCCCCCUGAGAACUAUGUCCUUGUGGUAAAGAAUGUGGGCCUGACCCUGCGGAAGUUGAUUGGGAGCGUCGACGCCAUCCUGCCUACCCUGCCGCUGUCUGCACGUCCAGAGAUCGAGGGGACCCAGAAGCUGCUGAACAAGGACCUGGCGGAGUUGAUCAGCAAGAUGCGCCUGGCCCAGCAGAAUGCCGUGACCUCGCUGAGCGAGCAGUGCAAACGGCAGAUGCUGGCCGCCUCCCACACCCUGGCCGUGGACGCCAAGAACCUGCUGGACGCUGUGGACCAGGCCAAGGUCCUCGGCCAGACGCAGCAGUCCUCGGCCCACUGACCUCCCCAUCCCUGCCCGAGCCUCCUUCCCCGGUGCCCCGCCUCUGCCUGGCUUUGUCGUCACAUUAGUUUUCUGUGGAGAGGGGAGGAGGAAGAGGUGGCUGGGGUUCUUCCCUCCCCCGAUCAUUUCCCCACCCACUCUGUGCACGAUUUUUCCCCCCCGACCUCCCUCUACUCUUCCCCAUCCCUAGGGUCAUGCCAGGGGGGCUGAGGGUAUGUUUGGGGGUGUCUGUAUAUAGAGGACUGAGCCAUUGAGAGCCUAGAAGCUGCUGUGACCUCAGCUCUCCUCCCCACCCUCCGUCCCCUUCCUCACUCACUGGGUCUGCUCAGGGGACAGCGGGGUCAAUGGGGCAGGUGAAGGGGCCUGUCUGUUCUUGGGUCAGGGUCACCCUUUGGAGCCCCACUGGGCCGGGGGCUGGCUCUGGGCAGGCCCGCAGCCCGGGAGCACUGCUUGUACAGUGUAUAAAGGAGUUUAUUUAAUGGGUAGAGAGCAGUCCAGCUGCUGCCUCAGCGGAGGGGUGCUCAGAGCAGCCCUGUCUCCCUCCAUGGCAUAGCCAGGUGAAGGCAGGGUCUCUGGCUUGUAGCCGCCUUCCAACGUGUAUUGUGGGGGUCUGUGUCGGACAGCUCCUGUCCCUUUCUUUAUGUGUGCGUGCGUGGUAGAAUUAAAACUGUGUCGUUUGCUUUGG